ACUAGUUGCUGGUGUUUAUUGUAGCGUUAACUGUAAUUAGAAAACCAACAGGUGUGUUUUCUUAUGGGCGUGUAUGUAAUUGAACAACUUUCAACAGCUAUUUUCUUAUGUGUUUCUCUUACAUAGCUGUAUAUAUCAAGAUAACAUUUGUGUUUCUCUAGACAUCACAGUAGGAUAAGCGCAAGCUGCUCAGAAAUCAAGAUGAAACUCAUUCUGUUCACUUUGUGUUUUCACCUGGGCAAUGCUUUAUUAUCUUUUGGGACGUCAGCAGGAGAUAACGUCAUGAAUUUCAAUACACCAGCUCUGAUCAACUUAAGUCCAGGGUUCCCAUAUUAUGGAAAUACAUACAAUUCAUUGACAAUACAGAAAGAUGGGUUUGUGGUUUUUGACGAAACAAAUGUGAAAUCUUACUCCGACUUUUUAAAUAUCAAUGACGUAAAACUUGCAUCAAUCGGAAUCUGGAUAGCACAUAUUGGUACAGUGAAUGGGAAUAUUUUUUACAGACUGGUGAACGAUCCUAUUUCUAUUGCUAAGACAAAUAUCAGCUCGAUUGCAAGAAGUCUCUCAAAUUUUGCUGCAGACUUUACGCCUAGUUACGUGUUGGUAGUCACGUGGUAUGACGUAGGAACAGAACACUUCGGCAGUGAGGGGGACUUCAAGAAAAACACAAUUCAGCUGAUUCUCGCAACGGAUGGUGUUCAGAGUUUGGCCAGCUUAUUCUUUGUCACCAUUGGGUGGGUCUUUUUUGAGGAUAUAACAAAUUAUGCGGCUUAUCCUGACCUUAGUGAAUUCCCCCCAGAAAUACCCAUUUCUACAAAGGUUGGAUUCUUUAAAGGCGAUGGUCCCACAAAGUUCAUUCUUCCACUUUCAAUGACAAAAGAGUUAAAACAAAUUGAGAAGUACACCAGCAUUGGUGAGCCGGGUCAGUUAAUAUUCAGAGUUGAUAAAACGCCUGAAAAUGUGACAUUAUUGACUACUACUACAACAUCCACUACUCCAACCACUGCCCCUACCACUACCACUACUCCAACCACUACCACUACAUCAACCACUACCACUAAUCCAACCACUAGGCCUACCACUACAUCCACCACUAUCACUACUCCAACCACUACGUCAACCACUACCACUAAUCCAACCACUAGGCCUACCACUACAUCAACCACUACCACUAAUCCAACCACUAGGCCUACCACUACAUCCACCACUAUCACUACUCCAACCACUACGUCAACCACUACUUCAACACCAACACCGAGUACUACCGAGUCCAAAAAAGUUGGAAUGAGCUCUACAAAGAAAGAGUCACAUCAUACGGAUAAAUCUGACGAAAGCGACAGCAAUGAACAAAAUCAAAACAAUAAAUCUGGCAACACCAAUUGGAAAUCUGACGAAAGCGACUGCAAUGAACAAAAUCAAAGCAAUAAACCUGGCAAUCACAAGUUGCAACAUAAUGGGAAUCAUAAGCACCAAAUGAAUAAAAUAAAGAAACAGACCUUUCAACACAAGAAAUGAUAUUAUAUUGGAAAUGUCGUUAUACAAUGUAUUAUGUUCAUACACAACUGCUCUAAUGUAUGAUUAGAUUAGGACUUACAUUGUGUUUUUCUCCGUCUGUCUGUCCGUCUGUCACAUUUAGAUUUAAACACACUAAAGUCAGUAUUGAAAAAAAAAUUGUAACGCACCAUCUCACAUCGCCAAAAAUAAUUGCAUCAGCUACUUUUUGUCCAAUAAAGAUGAAACGUUUUCAUUAAAAGUAAUUAUAGUGUGGAAUAUGAAUAAAACAUGUUUCAAAAUAGAUUUAAAAGGCAGGCUCACAUGUUUUAAAAUACUCAGCAAAUAUAUUUAAAUUAAAUAACGAAAAACAUCACACAAAUGUAAAUGAGGUGAAUGGGGAAUGGACAAUGGUUCUUCAAGAGCAUUCAGAGGAUUUAGACUAGACUGUAAUAGUUGUAAUAUUUGAAGGAACUUUGAAACUAACAAGCCAAAUCAUAAUUAUAUAUUAAAUGUUUUAGAGUAGAUGCCACGUUUUUGUAAUUGUAUACGUAGGGCCUACGCCUUUGACACAGCUUUCCGUUGCUUAUUAAUAGUCUAUAGUGUUUUUAGACAAUAAAAAGUUUCAUGAAAA